UAAAAACAAUAUUUGCUGAAAAACAAUACAGCAAGUCAGCAACGGCAACAAAAUUUUUGAAAACCACAUAGUUCCCGCUGAAAGGAGAAAAACCACUACAUACUCCAAUUUUAUUCAGAUUCCCAUCAAAUAUCCAUCGGAAUCGGAAAAAUAUACCUAAAUGUGUUUCGGAAAAUCUACUACAACAAUUGUCCAAAGUCGCCAUGGAUGAUGUCGAUCGUUUGUUUGAAUGCUUCAAAUGUGGCGUCUCUCCUCCUCAAUCUGCAUUUAGAGAGAAGAAAACAAGUGUGAACAGAACAAAGGAAAUAAAGUCAAACCUUAAGGAUACAAACUCUCCAACUUGUGCAGGACAAAGCAAGAAUUUAACCCCAAAUGAAUGUCGAAAAUCAGAAAAGCUUGGGUCAGUGCCAAAUAAGGACAAUAAGGUUGUUGCUGGUUGGCAUAUUUCUCCUGGUGUGUUCUAUGGCUCACCACAUGGAGUCCCACCAAAAAAGCCAUCUAGUUUACUACGUGUGUUACGUGAAAUACACCUUGAUCUUUCUACAAAGCGUAGAUCCAACUUAAGGACUCAAAUAUGGGCUACGUUUCCGAAACAGGAUGAAGCUAUAAAAUUUGCAAAAGAACAUGCCAAUGUUCGCAUCUUCAGUUACCAAGAUCAUGUUAGUGGUCAAAGAAGAUUCCUUGCUUCAACCUAUCAAGAGUUCUGGAGAAGGUACAAGAACAUGGACUCAAAGUACCGUCAUCAUUAUGAGGUGAUUCAAGAGGGUUUUCCUUGCCAUCUAUACUUUGAUCUGGAGUUUAAUAGGUUAGAGAACCCAGAUAAAGACGGAAAUCAAAUGGUUGAUCUUCUGCUGCUGGUAAUCUUUGAGGCAUUGAAAGAGAAAUAUCAAAUACUAGGGGAAGAAGAUUGGAUUGUUGAACUUGAUUCCUCCACUGAAGCAAAAUUUUCCCGUCAUUUGGUGCUGCGAAUUCCAAAUGUCGCUUUUAAGGAUAAUUCUCAUGCUGGUGCUUUUGUUGCCGAGAUAUGUUCGCGUAUUCAUAAAGCAAGGGAGACGGAGGCAAGAUUCCAGCAGCUCUUUAUUUCCAAAAAUUCAAGCUCUGCAGAAUCUUCGCCACUUUUUGUGGACAAUGCUGUCUAUUCCAGAAAUCGUUGCUUUCGCCUUGCUUUAUCAUCAAAAGCCGGAAAGUCUUCUGUGCUCCUGCCUACAAGGCGUUUCAAGUGUAGUGACAUGCAUGAAGAAGAUGUUUUCAUGGCAUCAUUGAUUUGCAAUAUAGACGAUGAAUGUGAAAAGCUUUUAGUAUGCAAAAUGGAGUUGGACUGUAUUAAAACGCUGCAGUUUGAUACCGAGGUUAAUUUUAGUUGUAGAAGAUCUACAAAUGUUCUUCAUGAAGCAUUGAAUACUUGUCGAGACGAUGUUUCAAGAACAUAUCUGAUGGGUGCAUCCCCAUUUCCUGCAUUGGAUGCAUUUAUAGAGUCUGUUGCUUCUUUUGGAACUGUAACUGGAAAGAUUCGAAGUUGGUAUUGGUUCUCUGAAUAUGCAUUACUGGUGUACAGUAUGUCAAAGAGUAGAUAUUGUGGAAGAAUUGGUCGAGAACACAAAAGCAAUCAUGUUAUGUAUGUGGUAGACCUACAGUGGGCUCUCUACUAUCAGAAAUGUUAUGAUCCCGACUGUCGAGGUUAUCGAUCUCCCUCUUGUCCCAUUCCAAAUGAUUUGAUCCCUGAAAUACCAAAUCAAAGACCCUUAAAAAUCAUGAAUUGCCCACCUCAAAAUAAGCUUGAACUAGUUGAUAAUGAUCAAGAAAAUAUGGUGUUUAAUGAUGAUGAAAGCAUGAUCAAUGGAGACGGUGAUGAUGGUUGGUGGCUAGAAGCAAUGAAAGCUGCUGAUAAUGCCGAACAAAUGAAGAAUUCAUUUACGAGUUCAAUGGAAAAUUAUGCUAUUGAAGACGACAAUGACAUCGAUAACGAAUGGUGGAUGGCAGUCGAGAGGACUGCAACCGAGGCUGAAUUAAAUUAUCUUCGUUGAUGAGUGUUACUCCUGGUCCUGGACUGUUAAACAUCAUCAAGAUUCAAGCCUGUAUGCUGGCAGAGAUUUCUAUAAUUCAAAGGGAAUGAGCUAGUUUCUCCGUAUUCUCUCUGUUUGAGUGAGUUUGUCGAAUCUUUAUAGGUCCGAAAAUAUAGAUGUACGCGGCCUACGCUUGUAAGUGUAUAUUGUCGUAAAUCUUGUUAACUUAGUUUCUAGUGUCUACGAUUUAAGAUUUUGAUCCUAAUGUUAUAUAUAUACACUCAAAUGCAAGGAUGCAAUUCCUUGAUGUACAAACAAAUUUGAAACAUCAGUAAUGCCAUUUUGUA